AUGGCGUUGGGCUCGCCGUCAACAGCAGCGGAUGAGACAGCACCGUCGCGCAGGGCGCCAUUGAGACUGCCGCCGCCCACGACAGCGGGUGAGGAAGAGGGAGACGCUUGGCUGGACAAAGGCCCUGAGGGUGAUUCCGCUGCCGCCAACGCCACGUCUGCCGGUGUGGCAGCUGCCCUUUCCGCCAUGCACGCCGCCGCGGCUGCCGCCGCCUCGUCGUCUGCCCGCUCCCCUGCGUUGGCGAAAGGCGCGAAGGAGACGACGGCAUGCGCUGAGAUGACGCCGUCUGAUGAGCCCGGCGUGGCCCCGGAACCUUCUCCGGACCAACGCCCCCCCCCGCCCGUCCACGUCCUUCCCGCGCCUCUCACCCGGUCCGGUGUCGCGGCGCUCCUCCGCGACCAUCUGAACGCGCCGCUUGCCGUGUCUGACGUGGUGCGGGAGUGCGAUCCACCUGUACUAAACGAUCUCCCGCAGAAUCCUACAAAGGUGAUGCGGGUGGCGCAUGAGAAGAUUCAUGUCUUCCCCUUUAAGGACGUGCGGAAGUGUUGGUUGCGGGCAUGGGUGGAGGGGAGCUUGGCCAGGGUAGGGGAGGUCUUGGAAAAUGAUGAAGAGGAGGCCGGUGACUGGGUGACGGAGGUGGUGAGGCUGGUGGACAUGGCGUUGAUUCUCGCGGGAGGCGUGGGCAGGGAGGCCACUUGUGAAUGGAUUUUUGCGAUGCUGGAAAGGAUGUUGGAGCAAGAUGAAGAAGCGCGCGAACGCCCAGCAAAGCGGCGAAAGGGGUCUGGGGGAAAUGAUGGCGAUUACAGUCACCGAAAGUGCAGCUCAGGGUGGAAUAUGCCAGAUAAUUUCCCGAGCUCUACUGUCCGCGCCCCUCCUCUUCGGAAUCCCAUCCCCAGGCAUGAGAAUCUCAGCCUCGAGGCGUUCCAAGCCCAUCUCAACACUGCAGCUGGGUCUCCGAACUCCACAAACGAGAAUUCGCUCGGAGACCUUCCCGAGCCUAUUAUCAUCACAGGCGCUUUGGAUCACUGGCCUGCGAUAUCAGACCCGUCCAGAAGAUGGAGCAAUCCGCAAUACCUCAUGCGCAAGACACUUGGAGGACGACGCCUUGUACCGAUCGAGAUUGGUAGAAGUUACACCGACGAGGGCUGGGGCCAGGGGAUCAUCAACUUUGGCGAAUUCAUGCGGAAGUACAUGUUCCGGCACGAAGGCCAAGAUGGCAACAACGACGAAGCGUCUGACAACGACGGCGGCGGCGGCGACGACGACGACGGCGACGACGACGAAAGCAGCCGAACCGGCUACCUCGCCCAACACGACCUUUUCGCCCAGAUCCCUUCCCUUCGCGCCGACAUUGCCAUCCCCGACUACUGCUACUACGCCACGCCCGUCCCCACGCGACCCCCCACCACCAAGAACGCCACGCCGCCCCUGCCGCCGGGCCACCCGUCCUUCCCGCUGCUCAACGCGUGGUUCGGCCCGGCGGGCACCGUCUCCCCUCUGCACACGGACCCGUACCACAACAUCCUCGCGCAGGCCGUCGGCCGCAAGUACGUCCGCCUCUACCCGCCGGGCCAGCGCGCGCGCCUCUACCCGCGCGGCGUCGGCCCCGACGGCGUCGACAUGGGCAACACGAGCGAGGUCGACGUCGGCGAGGCCAUGGCCGUGCUCGAGGGCUGGGACCGCUGGUCGCCAUCGCCGCCCGACGAGGGCGCGGAGGAGGGAGCUGGGGGGCGGCCGUCGGAGGCGGAGGCGGAGGCGGAGGCGGAGGCGGAGGCGGAGGCGGAGGCGGAGGCGUGGGCGAAGGGGGAGGACCUGAAGAUGCGCCGCUUCGACUUCGAGGAGAGGUGGCCGGACUUCGCCGGCGUGACGGGUUGCUUCGAGGCGGUGCUGGGGCCCGGCGACGCGCUGUACGUGCCCAAGGGUUGGUGGCAUUAUGUGAGGAGUCUGGCGCCGAGCUUCUCGGUGAGCUUUUGGUGGGAUUGA